CGAGUCGAAGGUCUUUGAUUAAUCGAUCUUCGACAUCUCUACUGGUUGCAAACAUAUGUAAAUAAAACAUAGGUGCGAAAUGAAUUCAGACGACGAAGUUUUUGAAGGUAUUAUGGACAAUGUGAUUGACGAAACCAUUUCUUCCACACCCAGCAAAACAAAAAGACGAAAAAAAACACAAAUAGUGUCAUCAUGGACAAAUGAAAGCACAACAAAUUUGAUACAGGCCAUUGAAAUGUACAAUUGUAUUUGGGAAUAUUCCUGCCCAGAAUAUAAAGAUCGCGCCAAAAGAGAUAAAGCUUGGAAUGACAUCGUGGAGAAAUUUCCAACCCAAGAAGUUGACGGAUGCAAAGCAAAAUGGGCGAAUAUAAAAACGGCAUUUUCAAAUGUAAAGAAAAAAAUGACAACUAAAUCAGGCCAAGCGGCCGGUAAAGCUUUGCCACAUUGGCCGUUUUGGUCAGCUAUGCAAUUCUACUGUUUGCAUGAUCGCUGCAAGAGUAGUUCGUCCGUCUCAACUCUAGAUGUGGAUGCAGAUGUAACGCCACCACCAACAGCUGCCCGAAGUGACACAAAAUCCAAACCCUCUGCAACUGAUGAAUCAGUGACAACAGAUGCAAUGGAGACCGCAAUUCAAUUUUUAAAUAAAGAAGAAGACCACUGGCAUGGAGUGGGCAUGUAUCUUGCACUGCAAAUGCGUGAACUAUCAAAAAGAAAUAAAAGAGCAGCAAAUAAACUUCACGCGGAAUUAAUUCAAGUAGCUAUGAAUGCUGUCUUGCAACAAGAUGAGGAAAAUUUAUCAUAAUAUGUUGAUUUAUAAAUACAAAUAAAUACAAUUUAUUUAAAGAUUA